AAACUUUUUAGGCAAGGUUAGGAAACUCGUAGAAAAAGGUAAACACGAGGAUCUGAUCAUUAGCUACACUAUAUCGUACUUUCUGCACUUAAAAUAAAAUAAAUACAGAGUUGAAGAAAAAAAGAGAAGUGAUGAAAAAAUACGAAGCGUUCAAGACAUAGAAUGACAAAGGACAAUCUCAAUGUUUAAUUGCGUUUCCAAGUGCAGUAAAGUUAAAUAAACCGCGCGUCGACGAUGGACGACGUGGAGGAUACCGCGCGAGACGACCGGCCCGGACCGUCCGACGAGGAUGUGGAGGACGUUAGCGAGUCGGAUGAUGGCAGCGAGUAUUCGUCGCGUAGCGAGGGUGAAUCCGGUGAAUUUAACUGGUACGUUAUGUCGGAUUCGAUUCUCCUGAGCAUCUUCCAGUACCUGACGCCGAGAGAAUUGCUGACUGCGGGCGAGGUGUGCCGAUCGUGGUUUAGAGUGUCGCGUGACGAGUUCCUCUGGAAGUAUUUAUUUUAUCGUACGUACAAGAUAGAUCCGGACGUCGGCAUUGUGCCAGGAAAAACCUCCUGGUUGGGCGAAUUCAAACGCUUGGCAUAUCACACUCCAUUGAUAGAAACUGAAGUUCUUAAAGAACAUUCACAUCAGGUCUUACACGUGAGCUUUUCCCAUAAUGGCAAAAUGUUUGCAACCUGUUCAAAAGAUGGAUAUAUUCUUGUAUGGCAAAGUCAAUAUCCUGUUACCAUAAAAUAUUGGCAUGAUAUGAAGACGUUUAGUUGGAAAUAUACACAAUUUUCUCAGUUUAAUUGUACAGAUACAUUACUUCUUGUGUCUGGUGUCCAUUUUGGUACACCCCAUAGUACUUCGGGUGAAAUAGCAGUAUUCAGAGUAGCACCUGGAUUUGAUCUCCAGUGUAGAGUAGUGAAUAAGCCAUAUGACAUAUUUGGUACAUGGUACAGUGAACGUUACCUUUUAAGUGGAAAUCUACAUUGGUUGGCACAUUUGGUUAGUACUAGCGUAGUUUGGCUCAAUAAGGCAAACCAGGAAUCAGCUAGCGAACAUGUGCCCAUUAUGACGCAACUCUUUAGGUUCUAUAAUGGAAAUGCUUCCUCGAUUAGAGCGAUUAUGGUUGCAAAUUGUUUAGCACCUGCUCCAGCUGAAUCCACAGAACAACAGAGUCAACCAUCUUCCUCAAAUACAAAGGAAGAAAAAGGAAAUCCACCAAGUCACAAGGAUUUGUUGUCUCCUUCAGGUGAAUCUAAUAGUUCGCAAAGUCAGGAAGAACCAAUAUACUACAUUUCAUCAUCAAGAAUACAAUAUAGUAAAUUAGAAGGUGCAUUUUCGAAUUGGAGGAAACUUGGUGAUGGUUUCGAAUAUGCUAGUCCUAUACAAUACAAUCAGGAAUAUAGGCAGGUUGAGAUGCAGAAGAAGGCACACGAAAGUGAUAGCGAAAGUGAGAAUCCGCAAUGGGAGGAAGAGAGCGAGUCUGGAGAAUCUUCAAUAACCGAAGAAUGUGAUACAGACGAGUUAACCAAUAAUCCCGAAAAACUUCUUAUCUUUACAACUGGCUCGAAAACAUAUACUCCGCAUAAAGUUGGUUUUAAGAGGAUCAAAUUAGUUACUUUUCCACGAAGAUUGGAUCCGGGACCAUCAUUGCGCGAGAGAAUAGCUCAAAAAAAGAGGGAACGAGAGAGACAGAAUACUCCAUCAGUAGAAGAUUGGUUAAAUUAUGAAUCUGUGGCGGACAAAUUCGAUAAAAUAGAUCAUUUAAUUGACCUCCAUGGUCACAUUAUUGGAAUGGGACUUUCUCCCGAUCAUAGAUAUCUUUAUGUAAAUUCGAGGCCGUGGCCAAAGGGUUACGUUAUUACCAAUCCUUUACAACCACCACCGAUAGCUCAAGAAAUCGAUAUUCAUGUAAUCGACUUGGUAACACUGAAGCAAGUUGGCACGAUGUUAAGGGCACACAAAGCAUACACGCCUAAUAACGAAUGUUUUUUUAUAUUUCUGGAUGUAUGUAAUGAAUACGUAGCAAGUGGUGCGGAAGAUAAACAUGGUUACUUAUGGGAUAGACAUUAUGGAAUCUGUUUAGCAAAAUUUCCCCAUAGUGAUGUAGUCAAUUCAGUGGCUUUUAAUCCACGCGAUCCUGAGAUGUUAGUUACAACCAGUGAUGACUAUACAGUUAAAAUAUGGCGAAGUCGGGCUAUGGUAAAGGCUUUAGAUUUAGAUGAAAAGUCUUAUCGUAGGGGAAUGGAAGUGCGAAAGAGACAUAAAUAUCAGAAAUGCGGCACUAAUGUUGACUGAUUAAAAACUAUUAAAUUUUUAAUUUAAACAUUUAUUUUUACAAGAUCUUAGAGAUAUAUUUUACACUUAAGUUUUAGUAUAUACUAUAUAAAAUCGUCCAGAAUACUAUUAUUGCAUAAAAGCACAAAUAUGAUAAGAAUAUAUUUUUCGAUUACCUGGGAUUAUGCAAAUUACAUAUGCAGACUUUCAUUUCUUGGUAAUAUAAUAUAGAAUCUCAUUAGACGAGUACUUCUAUUUUGAAAAAAAUAAAAAUUACUAAGAAUGUUGUUAAAAGAAUGAAUAUCAUAAGAAUAUAUUGUUGACACACGACUGUUAUGAUGCAAAAUUAGAAAAUAACUUACGAAAGAUUUUAAAAUUAUAUUAUCCAUUCAAAGAUUAUUAUCGAACUAUUUUUAAAUUUUCAGAACUCGCAAACUAAUAUUAGAUCAGUGAUUUGCCUAAUGAUCAAAAAUCCUAUCUGCUUAUUCCUAUUCUAUGUACAUUAAUAAUUUUUCAAGAUAUUUU